AGAGGACAUAAUUGAGAACGAAACGAUUGGCUGCUGAAUGAUUGGGACAGUGACCCGGGAGAGUGAGUAGCCUAGCCGGCAACUCGGUUUUGAUGCAGCCGGCAGCAUCAUCCGGCUACCCCGCAUUGCAGCUCACCUGGGGUCAGUACCAUGAUCAUCGCGAAGCCUUGUCACUAGGGGUAUAAAAAGAAGCCUAACAUUGAAAUGCAGCCGUCUUCAUCUCUUGUUUCCUUCAAUCCUCCUCCAGUUUCAUAGCCCAACAUGCCCUCGUCCGAGCCCGUUUUCUCGACCCCACUCACCAAACUCUUUGGUAUAAAUCACCCGGUCAUGUUGGCUGGCAUGAACGUCGCCGCAGGACCUAAGCUUGCGGCUGCAGUGACCAAUGCUGGCGGCAUUGGUGUUAUUGGUGGAAUUCGCCAGUCUCCCAAGAUGCUGCGAGACUCUAUCCGGGAGCUCAAGGAGAACUUAGAGAAUAAGAAUGCUCCAUUUGGUGUCGAUUUGCUCAUCCCUCAAAUUGGAGGCAACGCUCGGAAGACGAAUUACGAUUAUACCGGUGGUCAACUUCCUGAAUUGACCAACGUGAUAAUCGAAAGCAAGGCGACCCUCUUUGUGUGCGCUGUCGGAGUACCACCCAAGGAGAUGGUCGACAAACUACAUGCUGCUGGUAUUGCAGUCAUGAAUAUGGUUGGACAUCCCAAGCAUGUAACGAAAGCGCUUGCUCAAGGGGUUGAUAUCAUCUGCGCUCAAGGCGGAGAAGGUGGAGGUCACACAGGCGAUACACCUUUCUCCAUUCUCAUCCCCGCUUGUGUCGAUAUAUGCAAGAACGCCAAGAGUCCACUAACAGGCGAACCUGUUAUAGUCGUCGCAGCUGGCGGUAUUGCUGAUGGUCGCGGGCUGGCAGCUGCCUUGUCAUAUGGCGCUGCUGGCGUAUGGGUCGGUACCCGAUUUGUCGCAAGCGUGGAAGCCGGAGCUCCUCCAAAACACAAGGAGUUGGUUGUGACUGCCGGAUAUGACGAUACCACUCGUACCUUGAUUUAUUCAGGUCGACCGUUGAAUGUCAGGAGGACACCUUACGUUGCAUCUUGGGAAACCCGACAGGAAGAAAUCAAGGAACUCACCUCUCAAGGAAAGAUUCCGCAUGAUGUCGAGUUGGAGAAACAUCCUGAGAAGUCAUUGGAGGGCCGGAUGUGUAUGUUGUCCCAACAAGUGUCGACAAAAAUGGUAUUCACGAUGCUGAUUGAUUUACUGGUUGCAGGGCUCAUGGGUAAGGUCGCAGGCUCUAUCAAUGACGUCAAACCAGCGAAAGAAAUCGUCGACGAACUUGUCAACACCGCUGCGAAAAGUCUUAUCAAUGCGACAAGCCUCAUCCUCCCUAGUGUCAAGGCUAAGCUAUAAGUUUCCCUAAACCCUCAAUGGCGUAUCAUUUGAAUGAAUCUAUUACAAGAUAUAUACGAGGCUGGGUAUCAAGUAUUCUCAUCUAUCGCAUUGUACAUUACGAUCUGCUUCCAUAUAUGUCCUAUCAGUCGUCUUCCAUAAGUUCGGCCAACUCACGU